AUGGCGCUGCCUCACUCUAUCUUGAUCGUCGGAGGCGGGGUCUUUGGAUUGUCUACCGCACUCUCCCUGUCAACCCGCCACCCAAACAGCCAGAUCACGCUCAUCGAGGCGGCUGCAACAAUACCCAACCCGCAUGGCUCCUCCGUCGACGCUUCCCGCAUCGUGCGCGCCGAUUAUGCAAACCCCGCGUACGCCAGACUGGCCGCUGAAGGCAUCCGGCGCUGGCGCAUGACCGACUGGGGUAAGGAGGGCCGGUAUACAGAGAACGGCCUCGUUAUGGUGUACACCGGCGGGAACAGUGUCGCAAAGCAGUAUACGCUGGCAAGCUACAAGAACGUGAAAAGCAUCGAAGGGGACAGAGUGCAGGAGUUGCCGACCAAGGCGGCGGUGGAAAAGGUCGUGCCACGCUAUGCAGCAGGGAGCAAUAUCGCUGGAGGAUAUGUCAACUGGGGUUCUGGAUGGGCCAAUGCCGAGGCUGGCGUUCGUUUCGCGCGGGCCAAGCUCGAGCAGAUGGGGAAGGUGACCUUCAAGACCGGCGAAGUCGAGAGGCUUCUCUUUGCAGACGAAGAGUCGCAGCAGGGUCAGCGCAAAGUAACGGGCGUUGCCCUGACGGACGGGACAACCAUCGCUGCGGAUCUCGUCAUCCUGGCAACCGGUGCAUGGACUCCCAAGCUGGUCGACCUUCGCGGCAGAGCCGAAGCCACCGGCCAGGUGAUGGCCUACGUGAAACUCACGGACGAGGAGCAGCAGCAGCUGGCGCACAUGCCCACGAUUCUGAAUUUCGCGACGGGCAUGUUCAUCAUCCCGCCGCGGAACAACGAGCUCAAGAUCGCUCGGCACGCUUACGGAUAUCGGAAUCCCAAGAUCGUGAACGUCCCCGGAGUGGUGCAAGACGGCGAGCCGAGUACAAUGGAGAUCAGCGUCCCCGAAAAUGACGUUCCCAUACCGCUGGAGGGCGAAGAGGCUUGCCGCAACGCUCUCAGGGAAAUGCUCCCAGCGUUGGCAGACCGGCCGUUCUUCCGCACUCGGGUUUGCUGGUACACAGAUACGCCCAAGGGAGACUUCCUCAUCACCUACCACCCGGACCAUCCGAACCUCUUCCUGGCCACAGGCGGCAGCGGCCACGCGUACAAGUUCUUCCCCGUUCUAGGCGACAAGAUCGUCGACGCGCUCGAGGGCAACCUGGAACCCGAACUGCAGCAGCUGUGGGCGUGGCCUCGCGAGCGGCCGAGUUCCAACACUGUCGAAACGAACGACGGCAGCCGGUCGGGACGGAGAGGAAUGAUACUGGCGGAAGAGCUGGCCAGAACAAGGCCACGGGAGGGACAGAAACUAUAA